AUGCCACACAUAACCCUAUCUCUGCUGCUAUUCGGCGCUUUAAUCUCAGCACAAUCCCACAGACUCAUCCCCGGAUUCCCAACCGAGGCGGGAUAUACAGGCGAACUGGUCCCGCGCCGCCUCUUCGACAACUUCAGCGAGUGCACGGCGAGCGAUACCUGCAGCGAGUGCUUCGGGCUGGGCUAUGUCCUCUGCGACGAUGCGGGGUGCUUCAACCCGGAUGAUGGCGAGCAGUGCUGUAAGGGCGGGGGGAUGUGUGUCGGGCGUGAUGAUUCGUGUUGCGAGGAUGGCGCCGGCAAAGCAGGCAAAGACGGGGUCGUCUCAACCUCCUCCUCUUCCGACGACGACGAUGAUGAUGAUGAUGAUGAUGACAACUCAGAUGCCCUCUUCUGCGACGCAACCAUGACAGGCGAGGAGUGCUGCUCGCAAGGCGGAAAGGACAUCCACUGGUGCUCUGGGGAAUUCCCAGCAAACCAAUGCUACGAUGCAACGGAGACGACGUGCUGCGAGGAUGGGCAUGUUUGCGCGGGAGAGGAUUGCUGUGAUAUUGUGGUCCCAUUCUGGUAUAAAGGCUCUAAUGAAUUACCGGUAGGAUUCGAAGCCGACGACGCCGUGGGCUUCUGGGACGGCGAAGACUUCGAGUUCGAACCCAAGUUCGACGGGUACUUCUGGACCUGA